AUGGCUAUCAUGAACGUCAUCGCGGUAUCACCGAGCGACUUCCCACCGGACGUGGGUCAUAUCAUCAUUGACGAUCAAUACGUUUUGGCUGCACAAGCCGUUCCUGCUGUGGCACCAGGGACCCUCGGAGCUUCUUUCCUUCAGCGUGAGUGGGCGGCUUGGUCAUUGAACCAGGAGGUCACUGUUGCAUCUUACGAUCCGUUUGCUCGUGGUGAUGCAGUAUACCUCGGUACUCUUGAUGUGGAGCUUAGCUUCAUGCGGCCCAACAAGGGUACUGAUCAAAUGCUGGACCCAGAGGAUAUGGCACAAUUGUUUACAAGGAACUACCAACAGCAGAUCUUUGCUCCCGGCCAGCGUCUAGUAAUUGACUACAAAGCCAUUCAAUUCCGCUGUCAUGUGAAGUCUGUUCAGCUUGUGAAUCUCGCCAUGAACGAAAAGGCUACUACAGAUGCGGCAGUCCAUAGCGACCCGCGCGCUCGUGGUGUUCUCACGCCUCAGACGAUCAUCAAUUUCUACAAGGCUCCCGAUUCAUCGGUCCGCCUCAAGCCCUCGUCGAAGCGUCCAGCUGCUAAUGCUAUUAUCGCUCCUGACUUCAAGUUCGAGGACAUGGGUAUCGGAGGUCUCGACAUGGAAUUCGGUGCAAUCUUCCGUCGUGCAUUCGCGUCGCGUAUCUUUCCACCAGGAUUGGUCGAGAAGCUUGGUAUCCAGCACGUCAAGGGUCUUUUGCUCUACGGCCCACCCGGUACUGGUAAGACUUUGAUGGCACGGCAGAUCGGAAAGAUGCUCAACGCGCGUGAGCCUAAGAUCGUGAACGGACCUGAGAUCUUGAACAAGUUUGUUGGACAAUCCGAAGAGAACAUCCGUAAGCUGUUCGCGGAUGCUGAGAAGGAGCAGAAGGAGAAGGGCGAUGAGUCUGGUCUUCACAUCAUCAUCUUCGAUGAAUUGGAUGCUAUCUGUAAGCAGCGUGGAAGCAAGAACGACGGAACUGGUGUCGGUGACUCUGUGGUAAACCAGCUCCUUGCUAAGAUGGACGGUGUUGAUCAGUUGAACAACAUCCUCAUCAUUGGUAUGACCAACCGAAUGGACAUGAUUGACGAGGCGUUGCUCCGUGCUGGUCGUCUUGAGGUGCAUAUGGAAAUCUCAUUGCCUGACGAGAGCGGGCGCGUUCAGAUUUUGAAAAUUCACACGGCCAAGAUGCGUGAUAACCACAUCAUGGCACCUGACGUUGACAUCGAGGAGUUAGCCUCGCUUACCAAGAACUUCACUGGUGCUGAUAUUAGUGGUUUGGUGAAGAGUGCCUCUUCCUUUGCUUUCAACCGCCAUGUUAAGGUGGGAACAAUGGCGGGUGUGUCUGAGGAUAUUGAGAACAUGAAGGUGACGAGGGAUGAUUUCAUGCAUGCCCUUGAGGAAGUCAAGCCGGCUUUCGGUGUUUCCGAGGAGGAACUUGCCACCUGCAUCCAAAACGGCAUUGUCUCCUUCUCUUCAGGCAUCGAGAACAUCCUUCAGGAGGGUCGUCUGUUCAUUCAGCAGGUCCGUCAAUCAGAGCGCACGCCACUUGUGAGUGUGUUGAUGCACGGUCCUUCUGGCUCCGGAAAGACAGCGUUGGCGGCUAGUAUCGCCAUGGCUUCCGAAUUUCCUUUCGUGAAGCUCAUUUCUCCUGAAAGUAUGAUUGGUUACACCGAAGCUUCAAAGGUGGCCGCAAUUAACAAGGUCUUCAACGACUCGUACAAGAGCCCGCUGAGUGUGGUAGUUGUGGAUAACAUCGAACGUCUGCUGGAUUGGGUCCCCAUUGGCCCAAGAUUCUCAAACGCUGUCCUGCAGGCGUUGAUGGUGUUGCUAAGGAAGCAGCCGCCGAAGGGACGUCGACUCCUCAUCCUUGCUACGACCACUGAGAGGUCUGUCCUUCAGCAGAUGGACCUCCUGUCCUGUUUCGACUCUGAUCUUCCUGUUCCCACCGUGAACACGGAGGAGGAGCUUGCCCAUGUACUGAAAACGACGGAUGCCUUCUCUGAGGCUGAGGUCCGUGGUAUCACGCAGGAGUUGGAGGGUCUUACGGGCUCGAAUCACGUUGGUGUUGGCAUCAAGAGAAUUUUGACGAUGAUUGAGACGGCGAGACAAGAUGAGGAUGCGCCGGGCAGGUUCGUCGAGUUGACGAGCAAAGCAAUUGCCCAGGCAGGACGUAUGUAACAGUAAG